AUGGAUUUAAUCAGCCAUGAAGAUGAGAAUCUUGCACGUGAGAUCGCAUUGGAGUAUCUUAAUUUCUUAGAUGAUUCCGGUGGUGACAAAGUUUAUAUGCAAAAGUGCGAAGAUAUGAUUAAGGAAAAUGGAUCACGAAUUAUCGUCAACCUGAAUGAACUUCGAAAAAAACUUCCGCAGCGAGUUAAUGGGCUACUACGAAAUUUUGUGCCUGAAAUUCUAUGCCUACAACAAGCAAUGAAGGAUUACGUAAGCCGACUAGAUCCCGAAUAUGGGAAGAUGCGAGACUUCAACGUUGGUUUUGAAGGAAGCUUUGGUGAUCGACAUGUAAAUCCCCGAACACUAAAAUCACAGUUUCUCGGUAGUAUGGUUUGCUGUGAAGGUAUCGUCACCAAAUGUUCUGCACUACGUCCGAAAGUAGUCCGUAGCGUACAUUACUGUCCUUCAACGAAGAAGACAUUUGAGCGUCGUUACACCGAUUUAACAUCAUACGAUGCCUUCCCAUGCAGUAAUGUUUAUCCCACGGAGGAUGAGAAUAAAAAUCCACUUGAAACCGAAUAUGGCUUAAGUACCUAUCGAGAUCAUCAAACAUUCUCUAUACAAGAAUUACCGGAGUAUGCGCCACCAGGACAACUGCCACGUUCAAUAGACGUUGUGGCCGAUGAUGACUUAGCCGACAGCUGUAAACCGGGCGAUCGUAUUCGUGUUAUAGGUUUGUACAGGUGUUUGCCGAACAAACAAAAUGGUUAUACUAGUGGCAGUUUCAGGUCGAUUAUUAUUUCCAAUAAUAUACAGUUAUUAAGCAAGGAGAUGCAGCCAAAUUUCUUGCCAGAUGAUAUUAAAAAUAUUCGCAAAAUGAGCCGACAAAAGAAUAUAUUCGAUACGUUGGCGAGAUCGUUAGCACCAUCGAUUUGGGGGCAUGAUGAAGUGAAGAAAGCAAUACUUUGUCUUUUACUUGGUGGAAAUGAAAAAAUUCUACAAAAUGGUUCACAUAUCAGAGGAGAUAUUAAUAUACUUUUGAUUGGUGAUCCGUCAGUGGCAAAAAGUCAAUUGUUGAGAUAUGUAUUGCAUACCGCACCACGAGCUAUUGCAACUACUGGACGUGGCUCAAGUGGCGUGGGUUUGACGGCAGCAGUAACAACUGAUAUCGAUUCUGGAGAACGUCGUCUCGAAGCUGGCGCAAUGGUUUUAGCUGAUAGAGGGAUUGUUUGCAUUGAUGAAUUUGACAAGAUGUCAGAUAUUGAUCGUACAGCAAUACAUGAAGUAAUGGAACAGGGACGAGUAACAAUUGCUAAAGCUGGAAUUCAUGCAAAAUUGAAUGCAAGAUGUUCCGUUCUUGCUGCUGCAAAUCCAGUAUUUGGAAGGUAUGAUUUAUUCAAAACACCCAUGGAAAAUAUUGGCAUGCAAGAUUCACUGUUGUCACGUUUCGAUCUUAUAUUUGUACUCAUGGAUGAGCACGAUCCAAAACAUGAUAAUAAUGUCGCGGAACAUAUCCUAAAGCUUCAUCAGUACCGCACGCCUGGUGAACCAGAUGGUGCAGUGCUACCAAUGGGAGCUGAUAUUGAAACUCUUACUACAUUUGAUAUGGAAGAAGUGUCCACGACAAAUGAAAUUUGCGAAAAAAACAAAGACUGGUGCGCUGGUAAGGCGAGUGACAAACUAUUCACGAUGCAGUUCGUACGGAAGUAUAUUCAUAUGGCAAAAUCUGUGAAACCAAAACUGACAGAGGAAGCUUCUGCUUACAUAAGCGAAUGCUAUGCUGAACUGCGCUCAUUUGAUACAUCUAAAACUGAUCGAGAACGAACUAUGCCGGUGACAGUAAGGCAGUUGGAGACUUUGAUUCGUGUAUCAACAGCUAUGGCAAAAGCGCGAUUAGCAAAAAAUGUGGAACGAUUAGAUGCAGAGAAAGCUUAUCAAUUACUCCAUUAUGCGUGUUUCAAAGAAAAGCCAAAAGAACGACUAGAAAUGGAAGAAAAACGUAAAAAGAAACAUGGAGUAAAUGAAGAAAGUGAUGAUAACGAAACGGAGGAUGAGGAAGUUGAAGAUUUGGAGAAUUUGACUUCGGUAGAAGGAACGGCAACACAGACUUCACUUCGACGCUCAAAAAGAUAUGGUGAGGAUACGCAAAUAUCUGCCCUGGUUGAUUCAGAAGCAACCACAGCACAAUUGGGUGAAUCUAGCAUGGAUAGAACAGUGGAUACUACAGAUCUGAGCGGUCCCAGUCCAAAACGACCUCGUCGUGAAAUGCCUUCUAUCAGCAUCGAUCGAUACAAGAAAUUCCGUAAAUAUCUGAGAAAAGCUUUCGAUGAUUGUGGUAACCCGGAUGAUAUGAUCGAAAUUUCCGUAAUCCGCAAUGCAAUUCAGGAGCAAGCUGGACGGCUGCCGUUUAGUGACGCAGAAUUUGAAGCAGCUUUCGAACAGCUAACAACCGAAAAUGUUGCAAUGAUUGCAGAUAAUCGGAUUACACUCAUCUAA